AUGGCCGCCACCUCCUCCUCCACCUCCACCUCAGAGGAAGCCCCCGCUGACGGCGUAGAGCAGGAGCCUCCGGCCAAACAGCAAAGCCGACGCACGGAACACGAACAAGGGCCGUGUGCUGCGGAAGUGGAGCAGCCCGAGAGCGCACGAGCCCAAACCGAGGCCACCGGUGAGCACGAGCCCGCGGCUGAAGCAGAGAAGGCCGCAAAGGAACCAGUGACACCCGGGCAAGCACCUGGAGCGGACACCCCCUCCCCGGAGCCAAAGCACCGCGAAGCAGAGCCACUGGUUCGCCCUGCGGAGAGGAACAAUGACAGUCCCGACGCGAAAGAAGCUAAAGAGGAGCCAGGAGGAGAGGAGAUGGAGUGUGACAAGAGCAAAGCGGAGGACGCAGAGAAGUCCAGCAGCGCGGGCGGAGAGAUGGCUGACAAGAGACGGCCAAGUGUGGAGAUCUCCUCAUCAGACGGAGAACCGCUCAGCAGAAUGGACUCCGAGGACAGUAUUAGCAGUACUUUGAUGGAGAUGGAGAGCACAGUGUCCAGUGGGCGCUCCACCCCUGCCAUGAUGAACGGCCAGGGCAGCGCUGGUUUGUCUGGGCCUAAGAACGUGGCUUACCCGUGUUGCUGGGACCUCUGCCCGCAAUACUUCAACUCCAGCCCGGACCUGGCCGAGCACAUCCGGGGUAUCCACGUGGAUGGACAAAGAGGAGGGGUGUUUGUCUGUUUGUGGAAAGGCUGUAAAGUCUACAACACGCCCUCCACCAGUCAGAGCUGGCUCCAGAGACACAUGCUGACCCACAGCGGUGAUAAACCCUUCAAGUGUGUGGUAGGUGGCUGCACUGCCAGUUUUGCGUCCCAAGGGGGAUUGGCACGACACGUUCCAAGUCACUUCAGCCAGCAGAGUUCCUCCAAACUGUCCAGUCAGGCCAAACUCAAGGAGGAGUCUCCUUCAAAAGCAGGUCUCAACAAGAGGAAGAAACUCAAGAACAAGCGCAGGUGCUCUCUACCUCGUCCCCACGACUUCUUUGACGCCCAAACGAUGGACACUAUCCGUCACAGAGCCAUCUGUCUAAACCUUGCAACCCACAUUGAGAGUGUGGGCAACGGCCACAGUGUGGUCUUCCACAGCUCAGUGCUCGCCAAGAGGAAAGAGGGCACUGGGAAAGUCAAGGUCCUCCUGCAUUGGACACCUGAAGACAUAUUACCUGACGUGUGGGUAAACGAGACGGAGCAGAUGCAGCUGAAGACUAAAGUGGUGCACUUAUCCCAGUUACCGCAGGACACAGCCAUGCAGCUAGACCCCAACAUCUACAGAGCUCUUCCACAAAAACGACUGAAGCGUAGAGUUGCAUUGGCACAAUCCCUCCAACUGAAGCACCACUCUAGAACAUGA